UAAAAAAUGUCUCAACAUUUCCGGAAUUCGGGUUGUAGAAUGUUUCCAUUAAACACUAUAAUAAUCAGCCUUCUCUAUUUUUUUUAUCAGAAAGCUGCGAAAGUAUAGAAGAAUACGGGUAAGCAAAGGUUAGCUUAACUGAAAGGUUUACACAAAUUUGUCUUUUCUCUAGAAGUGGUUUUGUAUGCUGGUUUCAAACACCUAGUUCAAAACUGUCUUACUUGUUUUGGAAAAAAAUCUAUUUAAUUAUUAUUUAUUAACAGAUGUUGAAGGAAGACAGAAAUGCUAAUUACACCACAACAAAACAACAAACACCACAUUCAUGCACAGCCUUUUAUGGCCAGACUGACAGUUAAAAAAAAAAAAGUGUGUCAUCAUUUACAUUGCACUAUUUUUUUCAUAUACAUUUGCAUGCUGUGCAAACCUCAAACUUUAUUCACAUCAGCAAUUUGGCAGGUGAACAUGGAGUACCAGAACAUUUCAAAUGACUCUGUGUUUGCCGGUCCCUCAGUGGGAAUGCUAACGUCCAGCACUGUUCUGGGAUUGUGCUGUGUUCUGGGCGUACCAGGUAAUCUAGCGGUGCUGAUCAUGCUCGCCCAACAUUUAAAGGACGGUAGCUUCACCCCAAAACUGAUGCUGAGCCUGGCUGUCUCGGAUCUACUGAGUCUGAUUUUUCUGCCUGUGUGGAUCUAUGCCCUUCUGAACGGCUGGGUUUUUGGCAGAGGUCUAUGCAAGUUAUUUUCCUAUGAAGUGUACUGGAGCCUCUACAGUAGUGUGCUUUCUGUCACCUUGUUGAGUGUGCAAAGGUACCUGCAGGUGCUGUAUCCACAGCGAUGGGCAAAGCUUGGAAGGAAGGGCCAAAAUGGGCUGAUAUUUGGGAUAUGGGCAUCAAGUGGAGCUUUGGCUUCUUACGCUCUUUAUUACCGAAGCGUCGAGCAGACGAAGGACGGGCUUCUACGCUGUUAUCAGGAUUAUAGGAAUAAUCAAGGAAAAAUAAUUGUCUUACUUGUUGAGACUUUAGUGAUGUUUUUUGUGCCUCUCUUCAGCCUGUUGUGCUUCUACCUUCGACUGCACCAACGGAUAAGUCAAUCAGCUUCCUUCAGCAGCCACAGGCUGACAAAACUGGCCGUCAGAAUCGUAGUGGCCUUCUUCAUAUUCAGCACCCCCUGUAUGAUCAACAACAUUGUUUUUAUGGUAGUGUCAUGGGAAUCAGAUGUCAGUUACAUAACUGGGGCUCUUUUCUUUAUCAACAGUUGCGUGAACCCUUUUCUUUACGCCUUUUCUGCUCGAGCACUGCGAUCCAGAAGUAGACAUUCAGAUGAGCCACAACAAAUUCAGAAUGAAACUGAGUAAACAGGAAAUCUUUUGUCAUUUGUGACUAAAUGUGCAUUUCUGAUGGUGUUCUCUGUGUCUAAUAUUUGUGUUUGCUCUGUGUAAAGGGAAGUGCAUAUGAAAGUUUUUACCGUAAAUGUUUCCACAACUUCUAACCUGAAUAGUUUGUUUCCCCUUUAGAAAAAUAUUACAGUAAACAGCUAAUAAAGUAUUUCUGUGACAGGACUGUGGAAGCCAACCAAGAAUAUCUUCUGCUAUUUGUCUUGGCUUUUUCUUGCAAUGUAAACGUUGUAGAAUUAAUGUUUUUAGUAAGCUUUCAUCUGCCAUCCAAAAAAGAGAAGAAAUGUGGUAAUGAUGAGGCAGACAGACCACACUUGCUCUACUGACAACAGCUUUUAAAGAGGAAUAACCUUAAUUGAAAACUAAAGAGACAUUAAAGGAACUUCAACCCCUCAACAAAGAAGUUUUUCCUACAAAAAAAUUUUCCUACUGUUUAUCAUUUAUUAUUUGAAGCUUUUUUUUUUUUUUUUUGACUAAAUUAAAGUCUCUUGACUUUGUGGUCAUGUCUCCUUAUGGUUUGUUAUUUUCCCCUGUCUCCUCUGUGAUUUGUCUGAAUCUGUGGGCUCUCAACUCUACCUAUGUUUUGAAUUAAAAUCUGUACAACAAACACUUACAAAUUUAAUAAUAGGCUACACAUAUAUUUUUUAUGGUAAUUAGAGUGACAGUCAGGGUUCUUAAGAUUACAAUUAGAAUGUUUCCAUUAACCACUAAAAUAAUCAGUCUUCUCUAUUUAAGCAAGGGUUAGCUUAACUGAAAGGUUUACACAAAUUUGUCUUUUCUCUAGAAGUUUUUUUGUAUGCUGGUUUCAAACACCUAGUUCAAAAGUGUCUUACUAGAUUUGGUAAAAAUAUAUAUAUAUAUUUUUAACAGAUGUUGAAGGA